AUGGAUCAGAAUCAAUCUUCGGUCUCAUCUCCUCAUAUGGAUUCUACGACAGAUUCAGUCAAUUCUGACACUACCAUUGUGCCUCAAAGCCAAGAAAAUGGAAAUCCAAUUGGUGCAGUUCCUGGGGGGAGCAUGGAGACGACCGGAUUAACGCCUCGACCCAAUGGUCAUGCAACACCAGCGUUUCCAGCUCCAGGUCCUACUAUAGUUCCUCUUGGUGGUUUAGAUGUGGGACAACUUACCGCCAUUUACCAACACAUGGUGGACUCCGUAGCACUCACCAAUUUUCUAGUCAAUUCCUCUGCAACUGCCACCGUUCCUAGCAACAAUGGUCAUAAUCAAUUCCUUCCACCUUUAUACCCCAAUAACACAACGGUUACGCAGUUCCAGCACACAGAAAGUACUUGUCCACCGAUGCUAACGGUCCCAUCAGAAACUUCUUCUAUCACGACCCCAUCACCAGGCACAGUGAUUUUGCCUUCCGUGUGGCAGAAUUCACCUUCGGCUCUAAACAGCACUCCUGUGCCGUCCGCUAAUAACAAUCAGGUUGCCGCGCUAGGCGCCUUCUACGAGGCGAUGAGAAGUCAUCCCGUGAUGAUGCAACCCGCGGCAUUCCCGCAGCCACCACAGCCUCCAACAGCCUAUUCUAUGGAUGUGGCGACACAAGCUUUGGCUUACAUGGUGGCACAGCAAAAUUCACAACUCUUCCUCCAACAACAACAACAACAACAGCAACAACAACAACAACAACAACAGUUUUCGGCAAACUUAGUUCAAAAUCCUCAAUUUCAUCCAAACGGUGUUGUCCUACCUACUGUACCAGGCAUCACUCAUAAUGGUGCAGUUCCUCCGCCAUCCUCACUCACCUAUCCACAAUUUGGCAUGCCGAAUAUGCAAAAUCUCGCCCAAGUGUUUGCCCCUCCUGUUCACCACCGGCCCGCCGGUCGGGAGCCAAUGUUGACGGGGCCAGAAAACUCCAACCUCUUCAUCUACCACCUCCCACAGGACUACGGCGAUAUGGAUUUGGUGAGCCUGUUUUCAGCGUUCGGACAUGUGAUAAGUGCGAAGGUGUUUGUGGAUAGAGCAACAAAUCAAAGCAAAUGCUUUGGUAAGGACUUACAUCACAGACAAAGCACAUUAUUGCAUUUAUGUUUGAUAAAAUUGAGUUUUUUUUUGUCUGUGUGUGUGUGUGUGUAUUUUUCUUAG